AUGUCGGUCUCUGCUGGCAAUUAUACAUUACACUUGCCGCCCAUUGAUCCUACGGAUCCAGAAUCAAAGCUUGUCGUGUAUGCAUUACUGUUCCGUUCAGCCCCAGUGUAUCUGGCUGGUGUCUUCACGGCCACGAUUGUUGAGUGGGUGGACCUGAACAUGCGAUUCAUGCAACCAUUUAUCAACAUGUUUGGCAAAGCGGGGCCCGCUGCGGAUACCGUUCUACUGGCAUACAUCACCACAUCUCCAUUCCAGGUACCUAUCACGGCAAUCGAGAAGGGCCACUAUAAAGUCGCGGCAUUCUCAAUCUUGAAUAGCCUCUCCCCGCUCUUCCCAAUAUUCAUCGGUGGCCUCCUCCAGCUUGAGGAUCAGGGUGGGAAAGUUUUCUUUGGCUUUUCACUAUCGGCCUAUAUCGGUAUCAUGGUCUUUCUAAGUGCUUGGAGUGUUGCAAUGCCGUUCGCCUACCCCAUCCAAAAACGACUUCUACCUCGCCAAUGUUACAGUAUGGCGGAUCUAAUGGCAAUGUGCCACAAGUCCUACUUUCUUCAAAGGGAUUAUCUUGACAUUGCAGACAGAAGGCGCACCCCAUCGAAAGACAUCAUGGAGGCUCGCAUCCUUAUUGAGGGCGACAGAUUCUUGUUUGGUCACUACACCGACGACGAGGAUAGAAGGCAUAUCGGAUUCGACAUCCAUAGUACUGUGAACUAUGACACCGGCAUCAUUGAGGAGAGAGGACUUGUGGAAGCUGUCACGCCUUCAGGGGAAUUAGAUAAGCUCGCAACUCAAACUGUCCGAACUAUGACGAGUCUAUUUCGAGCUUCGGGCACAGGCCAGAGCAGUGGCCAAGGUUUUUCGGCAUGGCUACGGCGUAUCCUACGAGUGCAACGAAAGGGUCCAGCAGAAACGGAGCUGAGAUUCGUGACUCCUAGGGGAUCUGCUACUGGUUCACACCUCGAGGGGCAACACGAGGCACGGCAGCGACCUACUGUAGCGUUCGCCCCUUGA